AUGAGGAGCUCCCAGGAUUCUCUCUUACCGCGUCCGACUGACAGACAGAAAUAUGAACUGCUGUUCAAUUGCUGGAAGCCUGACGCGAACUAUGUUUUUCCAAAGGUGGCGGAGGGUCAGCAAACUCGAGCAUUCCAGCUGCACUACCUCAGGGAACGGCCGUGGUUGGCCUACACUGAGCUUCAUGGAGGGGGUGCUUUGUGCAAGUUUUGUAUCCUUUUCGCGAAGACCGAAAGUUCCGGUCCAGGCAGACAGUGGAUACCGAAGUCUCUCGUUAGCUCGCCUCAGAAUAAAUACAAGAAAGCUCGACAAGUUUUCGCAGAGCACAAGAAGACUCGCUACCACCAGGAGGCAGAACUCGAUGGCAGAAAUUUCAUCGAAAGGUUUGGAAACGGAGAUUCCACUGACGUCAGGAGCCUCGUUGACAAAGGACGUCAACAACAAAUUGCGAAGAACAGAUCACGAUGGAUACCGAUCAUCAAAACGAUUAUUUUUUGCGGUAAGCAAGGGGUGGCUCUCCGUGGACACAGAGACGCGGGGAUCGAAGUUUCCGGCAACAUUGACGAAACUGAACAGAACGACGGCAAUUUCCGAGGGUUGUUGCGAUUCCGAAUGGACGCAGGUGACGAAAGUCUCAAAGAGCAUUUUCUCCAAUGUGGGAGGAAUGCCGCCUACACGAGCGUGCGAAUUCAGAACGAGGUGAUAGACUCCAUCGGUGUAUUGACAAGGAAAAAGAUCGUAGCUGAAGUGAACGCAUCCAGGUUCUUCUCGGUGCUGGCAGACGAGACAACUGACAUCAGUAAAAUUGAUCAGCUCACGAUAUGCCUCCGCUACGUUUCGUCGUUCGAUGGACAACAGGUUCUGCGAGAAAACUUUCUCUCGUUUUCCGCUGUGACAGAUAAGACUGGCGCCGGCUUAGCCGCGACAAUAACCCGAGCCCUGCACGAAGAGGGGAUAAUCGUCGCGAACAUGAGAGGCCAAGGGUAUGACGGGUGUAGCUCGAUGAGAGGGAAGUACAAGGGUGUUCAAGCGGAGAUUAAGAAAAUUGUUCCGAAAGCCCUCUAUUCCCACUGCGCCAGCCACUGUCUGAACCUGGCGUUGGCUCAUUCGAUUGACGAUACGAGAAUCAGACUGACGGUAGGCACUAUCGCCAGCACCUGUUCAUUCAUGAGCGCUUCCCCUUGCCGGGUGAAGUUGCUACACGACACGGUCGAAACCAUGAUGCCGGAGGUCAGAGCACGGCGCCGGCGCCUGAAGCCUCUUUGUGCAACACGUAGGGUGGAGAGCCAUAAAGCGUUCAUAACAUUCAAAGAACUUCUGAGUCCCAUGGUCAGCACGUUAGAGACGAUCGCGACCCAGAGGGGGGACCCGUCGGCUCGCGCGAACGAAUUACUCUGUGCGAUCUGCAAGGGCGAAUUCGUCAUUUCACUUUUUGUCAUCGAGCGCUUCGCUGCGCUUUUCCUCCCGCUCUCCAUCCAGCUGCAAUCAAAGAGCUUGGACGUUUUCGCCGCCCGCGAUGCCAUCGAAAGCUUUAGAAAUGAGCUGAAUUCGUCGAGACUCAACGCGGACUCUGACUUCAAAACGAUCUUCGAUGAAGCCACAACCACUUGUGCUGCUCUUCAAAUUGACAUUCGUCUGCCGCGUCUCUGUAAUCGUCAAACCCAGAGAGACAAUCAUGCUUCGGAUAGCAUCGAGCAGUACUUCCGAGUUUGCGUUUACCUCCCGUAUGCGGACCGCCUAGUGGAGGAGUUCACCUCGCUUUUUCAAGACAUGCGAGAGGAAGCCCUGAAAAUUCAGUUCCUGCUUCCGAAUCACGUCGAAAGAAGUUCCUUCGACGAUCUCGCGGGCGUUCUUUCUUUUUACGAAGCAGACCUUGACUGUAGUACGAGUGUGGUUCGCGAGGAAUAUCGGAGAUGGAAGGCCAAGUGGUCAGAAGCUCCGGAAGCAGCGAGGCCGGUCACUGCCAUUUACGCGCUCAACCACUGCUGCCCGACGAGUUUUCCCAAGAUGGUAAUCUUGCUGAAAAUUUUCGCAGUCCUCCCAAUGACAACGUCCUCCGCAGAACGAACGUUCAGCGUUCUGCGCUUACUUAAAACAUAUCUCAGGUCGACGAUGACUGAACAAAGAUUGAACGGUUUGGCAUCGAUGCGAAUCCAUCCUGAAAUUUGUGUAGCUCCCGAUGAGAUUCUCGACUCCCUAGCAUCAAAACCUAGAAGACUUGACUUGGUUCUCUGA